AUGCCUGUCGACGACAGCUUCGGCAGGACCCCCGAGGCUACGGACGAGGCUCGGCGGCGAGCGCCGAACCAAGGGGCUCCGGCGCAGGUUCGGGCUUUAGCUGCAGAAGGCCACCGAGCGGAGGGCCAGGUUCGGCCCAGGCCUCCCCGAGGGGAGCAGGUCCGGGAUCGCGAGGCUCGUCAGCAGCAGGGUCGCCGAGGGAGAGAGGGAGACUGGAGAGCCAACGCUCGUCUUCCUUCAGGGCUCCUGUUCGGACCUCGAGCCUGCACUCCGAAGCAGCAGGGCAGGUUCGGCACAGCCCCGGGAAGGACACAGACACAUCAGCAGAUGGCGCACAAGUGGCUCGUGGCGGAUCCUUAUCCAGUUGCCAGGCUGGCAGCCACGCUGGCAGCCAGGCUGGCAGCCGACCAGGGAGCUUAG